AUGGAAAGUUAUCGUCACAGGCAACUUCGAGCUUUGACGCUGGUAUGUUUACUCGUGCUGUGCGUCCUGCUCUAUGCCAGAUCUGGAGGACAGGGUAUUGAUAGUGGUAGUGAGCAGCUGGGACCAAUUGGAAAGUCCAUGGUAGACAUGCUAGGUGGACAGGAUUUGGAUCUGGCAUUCACGAGCUUCGUCCCGAGCGAGGCCAUUCUGGACAAGCUCGUAAAGCCCUCAGGAGAGGACAGUAACAGGGACGGGAAUAGGCAGGCGCUGCUCUCUCGCUUGCUGGCUUCCAGCUCGGUUCCCAGCCGAAUUAGUUCCACGAGUUUGAGGCCGGGCGAGCAGCUCCAAGUCGAGACCAUAUCCGGUUACAAGCUGAGCUUGGGGGUGGACGUGAAUAGGGGCCUGGUGGUGAAUGGGAUGCGUUGCGUGGCCAGGGACCUGAGGAUUGGAGAAAUGCUCGUGGUUUACAUUGUCAAAGGUGUGAUUAUGGACCCGGAAUUGAGGAGAUCUGUCCUUGAUCUCGAUCCAGACAGCACAUAA